AUGGCGCCUCGCUUUGCGUUCCGUGCGAGUAAGUUCCGUAAUGUCGAGUACAAGAGCCUGCCGAGCUUCGACCAGCUGCAUGUGUGUUGUGACAGCAAUGUACUAACUGCAACGUCCUCAAGCUUUGCUUUCGCCCACCAAAUGGAUAGCGGAGGUGCUAUUCAAGUGAAACUGCUGCACCAGACUGGAAAGGAAACGCUUCCUACGCCUUCAUUGGUGCGUGCGCAUGCUACGGGGCGUGUCACGGCUCUGAAGUUUUCGCCGUUCCAUGAAAAUCUCCUUUUGUCCGCUGGGGGCGCCGAUAAUGUCAUAAAGCUUUGGAAUGUACCCGUCAAUGAACCUAUGACGAAGGACCUGGUGACGCCAUUGAUGACAUUCCAAGAGACAACACCAAACGUUGUAGUAGAUAUUGUACCACAUCCGUCCGCGGACUCGAUCGUUGCUUCGUACUCAAGGCCUGGAACAUUGAGAAUUUAUGACAUCGAGGUCAGCAGUUUGAGUAGUGAAGUGACUGUGGAGACAACUGCGGCAUUGAGCUCUGCAGCGUGGAACUGGGACGGUAGUCAUAUCGUGCUGGCUACACAAGACCAAGCGGUGAGAAUCUUAGAUCCUAGGAUAAAACAAGUUUCCACACCGGCAAUACAAGCUGCACAUACUGGCAAGAAACACUUGAGUGUGCUUUGGUGUGGACGCACGCAACAUUUUUUGACGAGUGGAAGUGACCUCAUGCAUGAGAGAGAAUUCAAGUUGUGGGACCCACGUCAAUUGGCUAAGUGCGUCCAUCGUGAACGCCUCGAUGCAGGCAAUAUAGGCCAUGUGAUUCCGUUGUACGAUGUGGACUUAGACUUGUUAUACGUCCUUGGCAAGGGAGAUCGGAGUGUUCGACUCUUUGAAGUAGACUUGGCGCAUGCUCCUUGUGUGCAGAGACUCAAUCAUAGCGCAUUGGAGACCAUGACGCUUGCAGCAACAAUGUUGCCGAAGGUGACCUGUGAUACGAAUGCUUGUGAAGUUGCACGAGUUUUGAACCUUGGCGCUGGUGAUAGAGGCAUUAAUGGUAGCUGCGACGUUGUGAGCUAUCGGGUGCCUCGCAAAGAAGCAACACACACAUUCCAAAGCGAUUUGUACCCCGAUACAUUGGCGAUGGAAGCAUCAAUGACAUCUGUUGAGUGGCAACAGGGACGAAACGCCGAGCCUCAGGUGCAGACGGUGGCACCGACUGUCAAGGACGUCGGAGACUUGAGUGUGUCUGGACAUACCACUACGGGCAGUCAUGGUCCUUCGAUUUGGGGAGCGCCUGCAUCAAACACGAGCGCUGGAACUAAUGGAUGGCAAACGUCCAGCUGGGGACAGGCACUGUCAUCAACAGCAUCUUCAAAUGCCCCGUUAAAGUCUGUGCCCGAUGUCAAGACAGGAUGGCGGUCGAAUAUGAGAAAGUGGAACGACCCUGAACUUUCAAAUUGGAGUACUCCUCCUGUGCAAUCGAUUUCCGAUACCCCCGCCGCCAUUACUGCACCGAUUUCUUGUCCAGCGAGCUGGACAGCAUCAGAAACAGAAAAAAAUGAAGAGGCUCCAAGUCUAGAGCCUGCUACUACAGCAUCCGACACGCCAUCGUCAGAAGCAGGUCCAUUAGGCUUUGUAGGCAUGGCCGAGCUUUCAGACAAGGCACAGCGUCUGAGUGCUAAAUACGGACACAAACUGAAGUAUCUUCAGGGUAAAGAAUCACUGCGCAAUGAUGUCUUUCACUUUGGUGACAUGCGUGUCGCCUUUUCGACUCAAGCCUCGUCUGUGAUUGCAGCGAAUGCAGUAUUUUGGGCAGCACCGAUUGCUGGUGCAGGCGGACCCGUGCUCGUAGAAAAACUUGGCGCAACAGGGAAGGCACAGCAUGGGAAAGCCACCGUGAUUAAUGGACAUAGGGCUGAAGUUUCAGCACUCGUGUUCAAUCCGUUCAACGACUCUAAUCUUGCGACCGGAUCGGCCGAUUCCACCAUUCAAAUUUGGUCUUUGAAUUCGCGGGCAAUAUCGGAAGGUUGUUUGCCCUUACAGACGUUGUUGGGGCACACGAAGGGCAUUCGCUCCCUAGAGUACAAUCCGGCAGCGGCUGAUGUCCUUUGCUCGUCAAGUCAUGACCUCUCGCUGCGAUUUUGGGAUAUUGAAGCAGGCCAAGAGAAAUUAUGCCUGCGAGAUAAGCUAGACGAUAUCACAUGGAAUAUGUCUUUUAGCCAAGAUGGUGCUCUACUAGCCACUGCCAGCCGUGCCAAGAUUUUGCAUGUGUUUGACCCUCGACAACAGGCACUUGUGGCCAUGGGUUGUGGUUACGAGAGUAAUAAGCCGCAAUUCGUUAAGUGGGUUGACUCCACCCAUUUGCUGACACUUGGCAUGAAUUCUCGCAACGAGACGCAGGUUAGCUUUUGGGACGCGCGAAACUUGUCGGAGCCUCUACGUGUGCCUGUGAUGGUGGAGCCUGCAGCUAGUGCGGCUAGCAUAACGACUCCGAUUCCGUUAUACGAUGAAAGUUCGCAUUUGCUCUUUCUCGUUGGCACGGGAAGUCGACAUAUUUGGAGUUACGAGGUCGAUCCUGUGGCUGCUACGGUGCAAGCGAAUUUACCGUUUAUGAUGUCCGGCACCAGCACUAUCAAUGGUGUUGCACUUCUCCCCAAAACCAUGUGUGACAUUCGAAACGUUGAGUUAGCACGUUUGCUUGUGGCAUCGCCAAGUGACGUAAGAUGCGUGUCAUUCUCGCUCCCACGAGCCAACAAAUUAAAGGAAUUCUUCCAAGAUGAUGUCUACGCAUUAGUUCCGAAGCAGGAACCAUCAGUGACUGCCGCAAAGUGGUUCAUGGGGGAGUCUGGCACGCUCACGUAUGAAUCCCUUUGCCCUGAUGGCAUGGUGGCGCUCUCCAAAAAGCCUAAAGAGAGUGCGUCUGCGCGUCCAAAGACUUUGGAGUUUCAGAUGCGUCAAAGGAUAGAUGAGGAGAUGGAGCGUAAAAAAAACGCCCAAUUUGCUCGACUAAGUAAUCUUGCAGCUCAGCCGUCCCUGCAUUCCACUCACCGAAGCGAGAACAACCUUGCUGCGCCUUCGACUGGAGAGACUGACAGCGACGAUGACUGGGAUGAGUAA